AUGUCACUUAUUGUCGGAUAUGUCUGGUCUACCGAUUCGAUGUACACGAAUUGCUGCAGGUGGCUGAUUAACGAUUUCACCUUUAAGAAAAUAACAAACGAAGUUCGAUCGCCAAUUUUCCACACGACACUUCUGAAUCAAAAAUAUUACUGGCAGCUCUACGCGAAAAACGAACGCAAGGAAGACAAGGACUACCUGUCGGUUUUCCUUUUUAACCGCAGCAAUAUAAUAUUGAACGGUUCGAUCCGAUUUACUAUUUUCAUUAACGAUAACCCAGUGGAAAUAAGCUCCGAGACCAACGAUUGCGUGAUCGAGAGUAACAAGGGCUUUGGAUUACGACGGUUCGUCGAGAGCAGCACGAUAAAGGAGGCCAUGCUGGCCAACUUCAACCAUCUGGUGAUACUUUGUGAGAUCAAGUACAAUAGCGAAAAGACGCGAAAGAAAAAAUUGCAGAUGAAUUUGGAAGUACAGCGUCUUAAGGAGUUCCACAUGCGGAUGAGUUCUCUGUUUCCUAACCCUGAAUUUAGCGACAUAAAAUUCACUUUUAAUGAACCAGACAGUUUACCGCUACAUUUACACAAAUACGUAAUGGCCAAUUCCAGUCCGACUUUAGCUAACAUAUUUAGAAGUAGACCACAGUUGCGUAUUUUGGAAAUUAAGAAAGUGAAAUGCAAAGUUUUUAUCGAAAUGGUUUGGUACGCGUACACUGGAAAACUCCCCGAGUAUUUCGAAGUAGAUCUCUUCAGAGAACUUAUGCUUGCCGCGAAGCUGUACAAAAUGGACAGGUUAGAGAUCUUGUGCCAGGCGGCGCUGUGCAGCGAAGUGAGCGUUGAAAAUAUUUUUGAGAGUUUAGAAAUCGCACAAAAUUAUGGAGUUAAGCAGCUACAGGAAAGGGCGUCAGAAUACAUUGCAUUUAAUGAAAUAAAAGUCAUUAGUGAAAUCACCGAGUUUCCAAAGUUAUCGAAUGAUGAUUUGAACUUUUAG